CUGAUGCUACUGCACAUGUAACACAGACUUCCUGUUUUGUAACGGAGUUAACGUGUGUGUUACCAAACAGUGAAAUUUUCAGUCAACACAGCAGAGAGACAACAGAGAACAACUGUGUGUUUAAAGGCGAAAUUAAGGUUUGCAGGAAUGGCUCACACGUGUAUCCAUUGGUUCCGCAAGGGACUCAGGUUGCAUGAUAACCCAGCACUGAUGGCUGCUCUGAGGGACUGUAAGGAGCUCUAUCCUGUGUUCAUCCUGGACCCUCACCUCCAUAACAGCUCCUGUGUGGGCAUCAACCGCUGGAGGUUCCUCAUUGGAGCACUCAAAGACCUCGACUGCAGCCUCAGAAAACUCAACUCUAGGCUGUUCGUGGUGAGGGGGAGACCACAAGAAGUGUUUCCCAAGUUGUUCCAGAAGUGGAACGUAACAAAGCUGACCUAUGAGUACGACACAGAGCCCUACAGUCUGAGCCGUGACAAAAAAGUGACGGAGCAGGCCAAAGAGCAUGGAGUCGAAGUCAUCUACAAAAUCUCACACACUCUUUAUGACAUAGACAGAAUAAUUGAGGAAAACAAUAGGAAGACUCCGCUUACGUACAACCGUUUGCAAGCAAUAGUGAAGGGUCUUGGUUCCCCAAAGAGGCCGAUCCCCGCUCCAACCACGGAGAACAUGAAAGAUGUGAAGACGCCUUGUUCAGAAAAACAGGAACAGAAAUAUGGGAUUCCUACGCUGGAGGAGCUCGGCCACGACACCACAUCUCUUGGAGAGGAUCUGUUCCCAGGAGGAGAGCAGGAGGCUCUCAGGAGACUAGAUGAACAUAUGAAAAGAACGGGAUGGGUAUGCAGCUUUGAAAAGCCACAAACUUCUCCAAACUCUUUGAGCCCCAGCACCACUGUUCUCAGUCCAUAUGUCACAUUUGGCUGUCUGUCGGCAAGAACCUUCUGGUGGAGGCUCACGGACGUCUAUCAGGGGAAAAAGCACUCAGCUCCUCCGGUUUCUCUUCAUGGCCAGUUACUCUGGAGGGAGUUUUUCUACACUGCCAGUGUUGGUAUCCCAAACUUCAACAAGAUGGAGGGCAACCAUGUGUGCACUCAGGUGGACUGGGACACAAACCCCGAGUAUCUAGCUGCAUGGAGAGAGGCUCGGACUGGCUUCCCCUUCAUUGACGCCAUCAUGACUCAGCUGAGACAGGAGGGCUGGAUCCACCACCUGGCCAGACAUGCUGUCGCUUGUUUCCUCACCAGGGGAGACCUGUGGAUCAACUGGGAAGAAGGGCAGAAGGUGUUUGAGGAGCUUUUAUUGGAUGGCGACUGGGCUCUGAAUGCUGGAAAUUGGCAGUGGCUGUCAGCGAGCACCUUCUUCCACCAGUUUUUCAGGGUUUACUCUCCUGUGGCCUUUGGCAAGAAGACAGACAAAAAUGGAGACUACAUCAAGAAGUACCUUCCUCAUCUAAAGAAGUUCCCACCACAGUAUAUCUAUGAGCCCUGGAAAGCUCCACGCAGUAUCCAGAAGGCAGCAGGAUGCGUUGUGGGUAAAGACUACCCGCGUCCAAUUGUAGAGCAUGAAGUGAUCAGCAAGAAGAACAUUCAGAGGAUGAAGAUGGCUUAUGCAAAGAGAUCCCCAGACACUGCUGAGUCACCCAGCAAAAAGAAAGGUGCAAAGCGCAAGGCUCCAUCUGUUGUUGACAUGCUCAAGAAGAAAAGCAGAACAAAAUAAUGGUACACAAAGUACUACCAAGUAACGACGCGACUGUGGAGUCAGUGAUUGUUCAUAAGGAAGCCUGCAGAUAUCUUCUUUUUUAUUCCACCAUUUACUGGUUACUAUUUUAUAUUUUAAUGCUGUCAUUUUGUUUGUACUUUUUCUAUUCUGUGUUUAUAAGUAAAAUUUAAAGCAAUUUGGGUCAGAAGGGUAUUUCUUGCAUUGAGAUUAAGUUACAUUUUCUAGUGACCUCAUAUUGUCUAAAGACUACAGUUUGUUAUCUUGGCAAAUCCAUACGACUAUAAAUAGGAUGAAAGGAUGAGCACAAUGAGAAAAAAUAAUUUCAAUUUAAUUAAAGAAACUGUUUCAAAAAAAUCUUUUUAAAAAUAUGUAUUUAAUCUUAAAAAAAACACUCCAAACUCACUAACUGAUAAAGUAGGAUGACAUAUUUUUAAAGUACCCGUUAAUUAAGAAUUAGUGCAUCAUUAGUGCAUGGGUCAUACUGUAUAGGAUUUUAUAGUAGUAUGGAUUUUUUUAAACAGGUUCAGUCAGCUUGUCAAGUAGGUCUUUGUCUGUUUAUUCAUUUAAAAUAGCAAAUAUGUUGCAUAUGACUACUCAGGUGUUUUUGUCAAAUUUAAAUAAAAAUGAUCCAAAAUAUAAACUGGAUAUUUACCUGUGAAACUGUCUUUACAAUACUCAUCCCUCAGCUCAAAUCACAAAUUAAAGCAGAAUUCUUUCUAUUUCCAAGUCA